CCGUGACGAUACUACAAACAGUAAAACCGGCACGCAGUUCGCAUUGUGCUCUAGUAGCGUUAACGUUGGUUUUCCGUAACGUAUUAUAUAUACAAGUGUGUGGAUUAAUUAAAUAUUUACAAUGGCAACUGAAGUGGUAAACAACGUGCAAGUCACCGAGAAGGAUGUCAAAGAGGAGUUGCCCGAGAAAAAAAUUGAAGAAGAAGCCCCGGCCACAGAGAAAUCUGAAAAGGCCGACGAGGCUCCGGCUUCCAAGACCGAGCCUGCACCACCGAAGGUGCUCGUGCAUAAAACAAACUUCGAAAAGGAUACCGUGUAUCUUUACCAAUUCUCCAGAACUCCUCUUUUGCCAUCGAUGUCGCCGUACUGCUUGAAAGUGGAGACCUGGUUGCGUUUGGCAGGAAUCAAAUACGAGGUGAGUUCUUUUUUGCAUGGAUACAUAGUUUUACAUUUGUUUCUAUCGACCUCCACGAUGAUUGGUGUAAGUUUUUCCAAAAAUUGUAAUUAUGAUCGCCAUUGCUUUAUUUGA